AUGAAGGAAGCGGCGGCGGGUAAGGCAAAGGCAAAGGCGUUGAUGUUGGGAGGAGAAGCGAGUGGUGGGGCACAGCAAAGGACCACGUUGGGGAUCAUGAAGAGAUCUGUUGGGAAACCGGGAGCAGUGGGGAGGACGGAGAGCGAGAAGGAGAAGACGAAGAUGAGGGAGAGGCAGAGGAGGGCCAUUACCACCAACAUCUUUCACGGCUUACGAAAACACGGCGGCUACCACCUCUCCCCUCGCGCCGAUAUCAACGAGGUCCUCCGCGAGCUCGCCAAGGAGGCAGGCUGGGUCGUCCAGCCCGACGGCACCACCUACCGCUCUUCUCACGGUAUGAGCUGUUGUCCGCUUUGUGGGUCGUGGAGAACGAGCAAUAACAGUACAACACCGAGCAGCACUGUCGUGGUUGGUAGCGGAGGAGAAUAUUGCUCAACCACAGCGUCGCCGGUAAGGGAGUCUACGAUGAACAACAGCAGCAACAACAAAAUGGGUGGUGAGCCGACAAUACUAAGUUCGCUCUUCGUCUCCGGCGGCGUUGGACGUUCGCCCGACGCUGACAUUCCCCUUGAUCAACUCUACAUGUACGAAUCAGGAUUCACCGGUGGGCUCCACCACCCGAAUUUGUCCGCCGGCGGUGGUGGGCCAUUGGGAUUAGAACCUACAUAUAAUCCUCAGCAGUUGUAUGCGCAGGAAGCGAGGGCGUCCAACCAAAACACGCCCGUGGGUUCUCCUCUGCGGCGCGCUUAG